CCUGGCUCCUAACGGCAUGCUGAGUUUGGGAGUGCAGGAGGGAGAUGCCUUAGAAACGCUGACAGGCUAUAACACUCUCAGAGACACACAGCAGUGCGGCCCAGUCAACGCAAGCAUCCUCAGUGCAGCCCAGCAGAGCUUCUGUGGACCCUCAUGUUUGGACCUGCCAAAAUGAAGAUGCUGAUUUCGAGCCUGGUACUACUGAUGGUGGUGUUUGCCAAAUGGGUUGAGCCAUAUAUUGCACAUUACCGGGAUGUGGACCAAGACACAUAUGAGCCCAGAGAACACCAGAGAUCCCCAGAAUACUACAGAGAUGGCAGUGGAACGGAGUGCAGGCGAUGCUGUGACCCUGCAGAGGAGGCCCCACAGUAUGCCAGUCCAUACCCACAGUACAAUAUUGUGCCACAGAUAAACAUCACCAUCCUAAAAGGGGAGAAGGGAGACACUGGCGUCCGAGGACCUUAUGGGAAAAUGGGCAAGUCUGGGCAAAGUGGAGCCCGAGGUCCCCAUGGCAUGAAGGGAAACAAAGGCAGCAUUGGUUCUCCUGGAGAACCCUGCAAGUCCUACUACGCUGCCUUCUCCGUGGGCCGCAAGAAGGCACUGCACAGUAACGAUUACUACCAAACCAUGAUCUUUGACACAGAAUAUGUCAACUUGUACGGCCAUUUCAACAUGUUCACUGGCAAGUUCUUUUGCUAUGUCCCCGGCAUCUAUUUCUUCAGCCUGAAUGCGCACACUUGGAACCAAAAGGAAACAUACCUGCAUCUGAUGAAGAACGAGCAAGAGAUGGCCAUCUUGUACGCUCAGCCCAGCGACCGCUCCAUCAUGCAGAGCCAGAGCCUCAUGCUGGAGCUGGAGAGGGACGACCAGGUCUGGAUUCGGCUUUAUAAGGGCGAGAGAGAGAACGCUGUGUUCAGUGAUGACUUUGACACCUACAUCACAUUUAGUGGUUACCUUAUUAAGGCAAAGUCAGAGGGUUAAGCAGAGACAAUCCACGGACAGCAGGGAUUUAUGAAACAGUGUCUAUUAAAUGAGGUGUAUUAUUCUUUUUUUGUAAUAUUUUUUUUAACAGUUUUACAUGGUACUUCAGGAGGAACCUUAGUUUAUCUUUAUGAUCCAGUACUGGAGUGUCCUGUGUGUCUGACCAUCUUUAACAUUGUUACAGAGGCUGGUGCUAUUUGACAAACAUGGUAAAUGUUAUUGCGCUAGUAAUAUUAAAAACAAUACAAAUCUAUAUCUACAAUCAAAAUAAAAAAAGUAUAAAUACAUAUAAAGACAACGGUAGAGUUAUUGCACAACAUCUACGGGUGCCUUUUUCAUGUGUAGCUAUAUCACUAAUCAUUUAACAAAUUACUUGAAAUUAUUGUAUUAUAUCUAUUAUAAUAUAUCCAGCUAUAAAUCAGUAUUAAAUUGGUUGUAGAAAAUGGUGCUACAAUUAUAAUUUAGGAUUAAUAAAAAAAAAAAAUGCAAUUUCAGUUCAACGUUCAAAUCAUUAAA